CGGUACGUGGUCGAGAUCUGUGAUCAGCUCAAAGGCGACAUUUUCCAGAAAUUUCUCGAAAGUGACAAAUUCACAACGAUUCCUGCCAGUGGAAAAAUCUCGAGUCUGAACAGCAUGGCAACUAACGGAGGAACGACUUCUCCGUGCAUCGAAUCAUCGGUCGAGGCGGGUUCGGUGAGGUAUGCGAUGAAGUGCCUGGAUAAGAAGAGGAUAAAGAUGAAACAGGGCGAGACGUUGGCCCUCAACGAACGGAUCAUGCUCAGCCUCGUCUCCACAGGG